AAUUAUGAUUGAAAUUAAUUGUAUAAGUGAUUGAAGAAAUAAAGGAACUAAUUAUAAAAAGAGUGUUGUUUUAAAAGUGUCAUUGAAUAAUAUUUCAACAACUGUAUAGACACGGUAUAAUAUUUUGAGCGGUGUAAUUUUGGCAGUGAUUAACAAACAAGAAAUAAAUGUUUUACUAAAUAAAAAAGUGUUAAAAUAAAAUGAGAGUGAAAUAAAGAGGACAAAGACACGAUAAAAAUGAGAUGAUGCAUCACAUUACUAAGAAAUGAGUCGAUUGUCGCAGUGAUUUCCUUGAUCCUGGAGAGUACGCUGCCCUUUGGCUUUUGUCCAAAUAAUUAUUGGCAAAUAAAUAUGUCUUGCUUACUUUCAACUGACAAGUAAAUGACAUAAAUUUUUUUUCUUUUAUUUUAUCAGAAAAAAAAAAAAAAAAAUAAAAUAACAAGACUUGAAAAGUAAAUAAUAAAAUUUUGAAAAUGAGUUUGACCAAAAAAGCUAUCGGAGGUUCUAUUCAUCGUAUACGUGAGUUUGAAUUAGAAAAGGUUAAUCUCGCAGAAGAGUUUGAUAUAUUACAAAUAGUCGGUGAAGGAUGGUUUGGAAAAAUAUUACUUACGGAGCACAAGAGUACACAAACAGAAAUGGCAUUAAAGGCAUUACCGAAAGCAUACACUGCUAUUACCGAUUUUUAUCGCGAAUUUCAUUACGGCCUUCAUCUUUCAGCACAUCGUAAUAUUAUAACAACUUAUGAUGUUGCUUUUGAAACUGCUGGGUUUUAUGUAUUUAGUCAAGAAUAUGCUCCUCUUGGUGAUUUGACAUCAAAUGUAACCGAAACAGGCCUUGGAGAACUUCAUACAAAAAAAGUUGCUCGACAAUUAGCCGCAGCAAUUCAUCAUAUUCACAGCCGUGAAUUAGUACAUCGUGACAUUAAACUUGACAAUAUUCUCGUAUUCAAAAGUGACUUUUCACGUAUCAAAUUAUGUGAUUUUGGUGAAACACGACGAAUAAACACUAUUGUACGUAGACACAAUGAGUGGCUACCAUAUUCACCGCCAGAAGUAUUACACAUCGAUCCGGAUGAUACUUACAAAGCAUUAACAGCCCAUGAUGUCUGGCAAUUUGGUAUAGUCUUAUUUGUUUGUCUAACGGGUUGUCUACCUUGGCAAAAAGCAGCAAUGGAUGACAAAAGAUACACACGUUAUUUAAAUUGGCAUUCAGCGACACUAAAUAUUGCCAAAAAACCAAAACUAUUUCAAUUAAUUAGUUCACGAGCUCAGAGGAUGUUCAAAAGACUGCUAGAACCUAAAUUAGAUAAAAGACCUGUUAGUGUAUUGGAAGCUAAUAAAUAUCUCGAAGAUCGAUGGCUAGGAAAAUUGGGCGCUGAAAAAUCCAUGAAUGGUGGCGUUGAUGAAAGAGACGAGUUAUGUCCGUCAAUGUACAGUUUCCAUAGUUCUCCUGAAGAAAAAAACCAAUUACUUUACACGUUAACGAGAUACGGUAUCGAAACGACGGUAGACAGAUCGCGUAAGAAAGAUCGAAUUCGCGAAUGGAUACAGUCUAGCGCGAUAACUGAAGAAAAUGAAGACGAAGAUGAUUUUGUCGUUGAUACCAACAAUACUGUCAACGAAAAUGAUACCGAUGAAAAUGGUAGUAUGAAAGGACGUCAUUUUCCUGAAAGACGUCCAAGUGUAAAGGCAUCUGCAAGUCCUGAACGGCCGAUUACUAGUGACAAAAUUAGAGUAAGACGUACGACCAGUGAUAAAAUAACAUCGGGGAAUAAUCAUCAGAAUGAAUCAAAAAGACGGUCUACAUCAACACAUAGACCAUCGUUGAGAAAUCUUGAGAGAAGAAAUCCAUUUGCACCUCAAGUUGCUGAGGAAAUGCAAACAAUUGCACGGUUUGCUAAUUUUCCUAAUGGUGAUCCAAAUCUUGCGAUUUCUCCAGUCGGAAUUAUGAAGACGGAUAAUUUAGUGGCUCAGUCCACUGUUCCACAAAUAGCGCCAUUUUCUGCGCAAGCUCCCAAUGCCGAUUCGAACGAACGCGUUAGCCAGGUUUCAGAAAUAAAAUUAUUGGAUCCCGCAUUUGACUCUGAAGGGAAUCGAGAAGUGAUUAACAAUAUUAAUAACAAUAAUAAUAGUAAUAACAAUAAUAAUGUUACAAUCAUGCCAAUAAACUCAGCGGGAUGGGAAGAAACCCAAACGAUAGAAACUAUGAACAAAAAUUUGUUACAAAAUGGCGACGCAAUGUCUUAUUUACAAUCAGCUCCUAAAAGCCCUCAAGUACCGACGAGGAAAAAUCGCGACCAUAAAGUACAAUUUUCUACGAUGAUUAAUCAAGUUCCCGCAACAGAUUUUUUAUCUAAUAGACGGAGUAAUGAAAUUAACAAUAAAUUAACGAAUCAGUUGCCAUUGAACCCAAAUCCGCUGACGAUGUCAGUUGCUUCGCAAUUGGUAAUGCAGAGUUUUCAUAUGAUACAAGGCAUUAACUCGAUGCAAUCGACACCGUUGUCAGGGUCAGGGACAUCAUCGUCGGGAUCGGUCUAUGGUAAGGAUGCUUACGAACACUAUGGCGUUGCUCAAGGCACUGUAAUGGUGAAACCGGAAAUAACGAGAAAUGGAAGAUCGAGUGGUAGUGGGAGCAGAUCGGUCAGCAGUUAGUUCUAUAUAUCUAUAUAUUUAUUAUGUAUAAAUGAAAAUAAAAUUUUUAUAAAAUAUUUUGAGUUAUUAAAUUAUGUUUAAAUGGGACCAGCA